UCAUGGGCAAAAAUUCGCAGGAAUUCCUUCUCAAGGGGAUUUGUCCUGGAUGAACAGUAGGGACUGGACCCCCAAGCUUGUUGGUCUCUCUCUCUCUGUGCGGUAGAAGCUCUCAGAAUGGACUCAUACCUGAUCCAAGUGAAUGGCCGUGGAGAUCAUGCCCCUCUGCUGGAUGUUCAUCUCAAGACCAACGGGAACAACAUAUCGCUGGGGAAGGUGAAGAGCCGAAAGCCAAGAUGGGCUGUCAGGGCUUCUGAAAUGUCAAAGAAGACUUUCAAUCCUGUUCGAGCCAUUGUAGACAGCAUGAAGGUGGAGCCCAACCCAAAGAAAGCUAUGAUCUCCUUGUCCUUAGGAGAUCCAACGGUCUUUGGAAACCUUCCCACAAAUGAUGAGGUCACACGGGCCAUGAAGGAGGCUUUGGACUCAGGACGUUACAACGGUUAUGCUCCAUCUGUUGGCUACCAGUCCUGCCGGGAAGCCGUGGCCGCGUACUACAGCUGCCCGGAGGCACCCCUGGAGGCCCAGGACGUCAUCUUAACAAGUGGCUGCAGCCAGGCCAUAGAACUUGCCUUGGCAGUGCUGGCCAACCCAGGCCAGAACAUCCUGGUGCCACGACCUGGCUUCUCCCUCUACAAGACUCUGGCGUUGUCUUUGGGGAUUGAGGUCAAGCUCUACAACCUCUUGCCAGAGAAGGGCUGGGAAAUUGAUUUGAAGCAUUUGGAGUCUCUGGUGGAUGAGAAGACAGCUUGUCUCAUUGUGAACAACCCGUCAAACCCCUGUGGCUCUGUGUUCAGCAAGAGCCACCUCCAGAAGAUCCUGGCAGUGGCAUCAAGACAGUGCAUACCCAUCCUUGCUGACGAGAUCUAUGGAGACAUGGUGUUUGCUGACUGCAAAUAUGAACCCAUUGCAACUCUCAGCACCAACGUGCCAAUCUUAUCCUGUGGUGGCUUGGCAAAGCGAUGGCUAGUCCCUGGCUGGCGGAUGGGCUGGAUCCUAAUUCAUGACAGGAGAGACAUCUUUGGUAAUGAGAUCAGGGAUGGCCUUCUAAGGCUGAGUCAAAGGAUCCUAGGACCCUGUACAAUUGUCCAAGGAGCGCUGGAACGUAUCUUGCACCGCACACCCCCUGAGUUCUACCACAACACCCUCAGCAUCCUCAAGGCCAAUGCUGACCUUUGUUAUGCUGCCUUAUCAGCUAUCCCUGGCCUCCAGCCUGUCCGGCCCGCUGGAGCCAUGUACCUCAUGGUUGAGAUUGAGAUGGAGCAUUUCCCUGAGUUUGAAAACGAUGUGGAGUUCACCGAGCGACUCAUCUCAGAGCAGUCUGUGUUCUGCUUGCCAGCCACGUGCUUUGAGUACCCAAACUUCUUCCGUGUGGUGAUCACUGUGCCUGAGGAAAUGAUCUUGGAGGCCUGCAGCCGCAUUCAGGAGUUCUGCGAGAUGCACUACCAGGGUGCUGAGGGGGCCCAGGAUCUGGAGUGUGACAAGUAGCCACAGCUGGUCUCCUGCCUCUGCCAAGCACGACCUUGUGUGAGGCAGCAGCCAGGCAGGCAGGUCUGCUUCCAUCCCCAGCCUCCAAGCAGCCACCAUCCUGCUAGUUCAUGUUUUGUGCUCCACAGACCCCUCAGCACUAUGGAAAAAAAGCAGCCACCUCUCUCUCUCCUCCUCUGCAGCUUGCACACUCUCUGGCACCCAGUGCCUGUGCUCUCCAUUCCCUCUGCACUUGCACCCUGUGUUGGUCUGUGCUGCCUGCAAACCAGCUGCAGGCAGGAGCACAUGGCUGCUCCUGUGCUGGCUGCACUUCCCGAGGGGACAGGAGAUGGCCACUGUCUUGGAGAAUGAGAGGAAAGUAUUCACCUCUUACUUACCUGUGUUACCUUAGGAGGCCAAAGCUCUUUAUACUGAGCCCUUUCUAUGACAAAGGGAGUAAAUUAUUGUGACUUUUUUAUUAAUAAACAUUCUGACAUGCCA